UUUAUUAUUCAGUCUUGGCUGAUAUUCUUGAAUAUUUUUUGUUCAUGAUUUUUAUCGUUAUUCCAUAAAAAAUCAUCCUUUCCAGUUCUGAACGUAUAUUUUAGUAGCGGUUUGAGGGUGUCUGGACCAGAAGUGUUGUCGAGGAGUGAGCAGCAAAGCAGCGGGUGGAGUGGAUCAAAGAAGAGUGUAGAGGGACUUUGAAAGGUUGUUGGCCAGAGCUGCUCACGCACCUUUCUUCCUGUCUUAAUUUGAUCUCCUCUGCAAAUUGAUGUUUAGAAACAGGCUCAUAUUUGUCCCUAUACUAAGAGAUUCCACUCAAGAAGCCAGUUUGUUCACAUCGAGAUUUUUUUCUUUUCCCUAGAUACAGGGAAAGAUUAUAGAGGCACAGAGCUGUUCUUUUAACGGUUACUCCUCCCUCUCUUCCAAGGAACCCCUUUUUCUUCUGAGUCCCGAGUACUUUAAAAUUCACUCCUUCUGUCAGUCUCUCUUCCCUCUCACAUUAGCCUGACCUGUUCCCAUUUGAGUUGAAGAGGUUAGUUCUAGAUUGGGAUUUUGAUUGAUUGGUUCGAAGAUGAACGGGGCUGUGCUAGUGGCUAUUGCUGCUACAAUUGGCAACUUUCUACAAGGAUGGGAUAAUGCUACAAUUGCUGGGGCUGUUGUUUAUAUAACGGAAGACUUUGACCUGGGAACUACUGUAGAAGGUCUUGUUGUGGCCAUGUCUCUCAUUGGAGCCACAUGUAUUACAACAUGCUCAGGAUCCAUAUCAGAUUGGGUUGGCCGGCGUCCAAUGCUUAUAAUAUCAUCAAUGCUCUACUUCAUAAGUGGUUUGAUAAUGUUUUGGUCACCCAAUGUCUAUGUCCUAUGUUUAGCAAGGCUUUUAGAUGGAUUUGGAAUUGGUCUUGCGGUUACUCUUAUCCCGGUGUACAUAUCUGAGACUGCCCCACCAGAAAUAAGGGGAUUGUUAAAUACACUUCCACAAUUCACUGGUUCGGGGGGCAUGUUUUUGGCGUAUUGUAUGAUUUUUGGGAUGUCACUGAUGACCUCACCCAGCUGGAGGUUAAUGCUCGGAAUUCUUUCCAUUCCCUCUCUCAUAUAUUUUGCACUAACAGUGUUUUUCUUGCCCGAAUCUCCCCGGUGGCUUGUGAGUAAAGGAAAGAUGACAGAGGCAGAAAAGGUUCUCCAGAGAUUACGUGGCAGGGAAGACGUUUCAGGUGAGAUGGCUUUGCUCGUUGAAGGUCUUGGAAUUGGGGGUGAAACAUCUAUAGAAGAGUACAUAAUAGGACCUGCAGAUGAACUUGAUGAUGCUCAGGAACCAAGUGCUCGGAAAGACACAAUUAGAUUAUAUGGACCUGAAGAAGGUCUCUACUGGGAUGCCAAACCUGUUGCUGUCGCUGGACAGAGUUCUCUUGGCCUUGCCUCUCGCCAGGGAAGCAUGGUGAACCAAAGUGUACCACUCAUGGACCCACUUGUGACUCUCUUUGGUAGUGUCCAUGAGAAGCUUCCUGAGACAGGAAGUAUGCGAAGCAUGCUUUUUCCUAAUUUUGGCAGCAUGUUCAGCACUGCUGAGCCUCAUGUUAAAAAUGAACAGUGGGAUGAAGAGAGCCAGCAUAGGGAAGGUGAGGAGUAUGCAUCAGACGCCGCUGGGGAAGACUCUGAUGACAAUCUGCAUAGUCCAUUGAUCUCCCGUCAGACAACCAGCAUGGAGAAAGACAUGAUCCCCCCUCAAUCCCAUGGCAGUGUUCUGAGCAUGAGGCGCCAUAGCAGUCUCAUGCAAGGGACUGGGGAGGCAGUUAGCAGUACAGGAAUUGGUGGUGGCUGGCAGUUGGCAUGGAAAUGGACUGAGAGAAUAGGUGAGGAUGGAAAAAAGGAAGGAGGGUUUAAAAGGAUUUAUAUGCACCAGGAUGGGGGUCCUGGAACCCGACGUGGGUCCCUUGUUUCACUUACUGGCGGAGAUGUUCCCGCUGAGGGUGAGUUUAUCCAGGCUGCUGCUCUAGUAAGCCAGCCUGCUCUGUAUACCAAAGAGCUUAUGGAGCAGCAUCCAGUUGGACCAGCAAUGGUUCAUCCUUCUGAAACUGCUUCAAAAGGACCAGUUUGGGCUGCUCUUCGUCAGCCAGGGGUUAGGCAUGCAUUGAUGGUUGGAGUUGGAAUUCAGCUACUUCAGCAGUUUUCUGGAAUAAAUGGUGUUCUCUACUACACUCCCCAAAUUCUGGAAGAUGCAGGUGUUGAAGUACUUCUUGCAGACUUAGGGCUCAGUACAAAUUCUGCAUCGUUCCUUAUCAGUGCAUUCACAACCUUGUUGAUGCUUCCUUGUAUAGCUAUAGCCAUGAGGCUCAUGGAUAUUACUGGCAGAAGGACACUAUUACUCACUACAAUUCCAGUGUUGAUUCUGACUCUCAUCAUUCUUGUAAUUUCCCAGCUUGUGGAAAUAAGCACAGUUGUCAAUGCAGCAUUCUCAGUCACUUGUGUUGUGGUCUAUUUCUGCUGCUUCGUCAUGGCGUAUGGCCCGAUUCCUAAUAUUCUAUGCUCUGAGAUCUUCCCCACAAGAGUUCGCGGCCUCUGCAUUGCAAUCUGCGCCCUGGCGUACUGGAUUGGAGACAUUAUAGUCACCUACUCAUUGCCAGAUCUGCUCAGUGCAAUAGGCCUUGCUGGUAUCUUUGGUAUUUAUGCUGUUUUCUGUGUCUUCUCCUGGAUAUUCAUCUUUUUAAAGGUUCCAGAAACCAAAGGCAUGCCACUCGAAGUCAUUACUGAGAUGUUUGCUGUUGGUGCAAGCAAAGCUGCUGCUGUCAAGAGCGAGUAAUUGGAUACUUCAAACAGAUUUUGCAGUUAGUCGGCAGUUUCAGCCACUAAAGAUGUCAUCCGUUGUCUCUUCUUAAUUUUUUUUUUCUUGUUGUGGUUUCAUUUUUGCAUGAAAAUAGUCUCCAGAUUUAAAGAAAUUGAAAAAAUUUUGGGUUAUUGUAUGAUAAAUUAUUGGGAACUUUUUCAAUAAAGAGGUUGAUAUAUUUAGCUA